AUGGAAGUCAGGAGGCCGUCCGCCCGCUACGGCGACACUCCGACGCGGACCUACCAACGGACCUACAAGGCCUGUCUCUCGUGUCGGCAACGCAAGGCCAAAUGCAACCUCGGAACCGACCAGGACGGCUUUCCGAUAGGGCCUCCCUGCGCGAAAUGUCGAAGGGAACAGAGGGAGUGCAUCUUCAGUGAGAAGCGGGCGUGGGAAAGAAGCAAUAAACGCGGUAGGUGUCUUUCGGAAGAUGCACCCAUGCCGUCGCCGAGUACACGUCGCAGGUUGUCGGACCAUACCAGACAGGACCGGGAGCUACCCGACGACGUUUUAAAAGUCGGCGCUGACAGCCCCUUUGGUGGUGAUAAUAAUAACCAUGCAGAUGGUGACAGAAGCUUCCACCACUCUUACGACACUGAGACACGCUCGAGCCAGCACCCAGCAACGUCGAAUCUGGCGAAUUCAAUGAUGCGGACCGUGGUCUCGAGUGGGAAUGACGCUUUGAAUAUCCUUUUUGAGGCCGCCGUAGCCCACAGCCAGGAGAACAUGGCCAAUGAGUUUCAGUCGCAAUCACAAACUAUACAGGAUAAUGCCUCGCAUGGCAGAGCCGUGGACAACAGUACCAUGAACCCGCCGCAGUUCAAGUACCCUACAGAAGCCUUGGCCAAGGCGAAGCGCCCGGUACAGCUUUCACCUGCAUCGGAAGAUGUGCUCAAGGUCUGGGAGACCUGCCGAUUCGUCAGAAUGGGGUGGUUCACUUCAAGAGAAGCGGUAACCUUGAUUGACCUGUUUUUCAAGAACAUGGUUCCUCUAUCCCCAAUCUUGACCAAUUUCUAUGCCGAUCAUAGUAACCACAAGCAUCUGAUCACUUGUGAUCCGGCUUUGUGUUGCGCUAUAUUGAUGCUAUCGUCUCGGUAUCAUGUGUUGCCCGGUGCUGGAGGCGAGUCCCGGAACUUCUUUAUUCACCACCGUCUCUGGCAGCAUUGCCAACAUCUCGUGAUGCGACUGGUAUUCGGGCAGGAAAGAUCGUCGCAUGCGAAAAAUAGGAGCAUCGGGACCAUUGAAGCACUGCUCUUGAUGUCGGAAUGGCAUCCCCGAUCAUUGCACUUUCCCCCUGAAAGUGACGGGUGGGAUUCAGACUUGGUUCUGGUCCCUGAGCCCCAGAAUCAAGAUGAUUCGUCGUCAAACCGAUGGCUGGAAGACAUGGUCGAGCCUGCCAGAAGAUCGGAUCAGAUGUCCUGGAUGUUACUGGGAUCCGCGCUGUCGCUAGCACACGAGUUGGGGAUCUUCGAACUCGAUGAUAAGAAGUGCGACUAUGCGUCAUUAUAUGAGGGUUUCAUCUCAAAUGAUCAAAUCAAACUGCGCAGGCUUCGAGUGCAGCGCCUUCUGUACGUCUACAUCAAUCAGCUGGCUUGGCGGAUUGGAUGUGUUUCACUCAUGCCGCAGAGCUUGAAUCAUACAAUACUCGGUCGGCAGACGACUAGGGAUGUGAGCCAUUCAGAAGAUGAAUGGUUGGCGUUGAUGGACUCUUGGAUGGAUCUCACAAAAUUGGCCAAGAAUGUGACGGAUAUGUUCUUCCCUUCGAUAACGUUCGCGAGGCAGCAGCUGCACAGUGGGCGUUAUAUCGACUUGCUGGACCACUUCUGCCCUCUUCUGCAGAAAUGGAAGGAGCAGCAUCUUCGGCAUGACGUGCUUAGCAAACAUUUCUACGACAUUCUCUUCAUUGAAUACAACUUCGUGCGGGUCUACACGCACUCAGUGGGGAUGCAGGCAGUUGUGGAGCGCAUAGUUGCGGACAACGACUCGAACGUGGAAGAAGUCCGCGCUAUGCAUAUCGAUCCGAUUGACUACAACUAUAUUCAGGAAGUGAUUGAUGGAUGCUGUCAGAUCCUGCAGAAGGUCAUCGAACUUGGUGACUCAGGAGCUCUGCGGUUCUCUCCGGUCCGAAUCUUCUUGAGAAUCACCAGUUCCUCUAUCUUCCUGAUGAAAGCCCUAAGCCUAGGCACUCGUCCAGCAAGACUGCGCGAGUCACUAGAUAUACUGGAGCGCUGCGUACAGGUGCUGAAGUCGAAUGCUCUUGACGAUAUUCACCUAAGCACCCGAUACGCCGAAUUGCUGGAGAUGCACGUGUCGCGCCUGCGUCGAAAUCUGCUUGCAUCUUCCAAAUCUGCUAAGAACAGUCAUGGAACCACGACUCGCAGCUCAAUGAUUCCUCAACAGAGUACAGAAAGCGACAAUCCUGCCCCCAUGGCCGAGACCCCCGUGUCGCAGAGCCUGGCGGACGUGAGCCUGUUUCCCCAGCUCAACGAUAUCGCCGGGGAUGAUUGGCUUUCCCUACCGUUUGAUCCGUCGAUGGCACCCUUUGGAAUCAAUAGUUGUGGGCAAUUUCCCGCUUAUGGAGGAGGAGCGUUGAACUUCAUCUGGAACUUGCCAUCGUAGUUGAUGCCAUCUAUCUUGAGGCUGGACCCACUUACUGUAGUACUAUGUACUGAAAAAAUCAAACUUUAUCAUGCAUUAUCUUGCUUAGCGAGUUGACUUUGUUGAUUCAAAUAUGCCGCAGAUAGGUGGUGCCUCCAUGGUUGUGAAGUGUGAGCGGAAAGCUCCCAACGAUAUACAUAGGCUAAGCGUUUACUUGACGUGGAGCUUUCUAAGGCUAAACAUGGUAAAUGUCGUGCACAUCUCUAGCCUGUUGUAAGGUAGACAACACAAAGGAAGAAUGUAUAGCACACUCGCUAGCAACCACCGACAUUGAUCUCUUAUCAUCAGCAUGGCGUCAGAGAGACACAAAGUCCGGAUGAGUCGGCCAGACAAAGCGCUCGGGCCUUUGACUCUAAGAAAAGCACUCAAGGACAAAAGGAGAGGAAGAAAACUUUGAUGGAAUCCCUGUCAGUUGGAAUGCAUACUUUCCUCCUCGUCUUCCCGACUCGCC